GGACAGCAGGGGGUGCUGGAGAAUGACGUCAUUCCCAUGAAUGUCAGGUGACAAAACAGGAAGUGAGAGUCGAGACUUCCCGGAUUUCUCGGGACCAACAGAGCAUCAAACAGCAGCUAACAACAACAUUUAAUGUGAGAGGAUCAGCGAGAAGGAAGUAUGGAGGAUGAUGAACUUCCGUCAGCGGAUGGGAUGGGUGGGCGUGGCUCUCUACUUGCUGCUCAGCGUCUUGGCGGUGUACUACGUCUUUGAGGUUCACAGCUUCAGUUUGGAGCACGUGCAGAGAGGCAGGGCCGGUCCGUCGGCUCCACCCCUCGCCCUCAGCUGGUCUCAGAGCAUUAGCGCCCGCCUGGCGCCACUUCCUGUCUGGAUAUGGGCGUCGGUCUUCCUGCUGCCGUACCUGCAGCUCUUCCUCUUCCUGUUCUCCUGCACAAGAGCCGACCCUCGAGCGGUCGGUUACUGCGUCCUUCCUGUCUGCCUCGCCCUGCUCUGCAGCCGACACGCCACCCGCAAACCGGCCAAUCAGAGAGGCCCGCCGCUCAUUGACACGUAGAGGAGGAUGACCAAUCAGAGAGGUCCGUUCAUCAUUGACACGUAGAGGAGGACGACCAAUCAGAAAGGCCCGUCGCUCAUCGACACGUAGAGGACGACCAAUCGGAGAUGCCCGUCGCUCAUCGACACGUAGAGAGGACGACCAAUCAGAGAGGCACGUCCAUCAUCGACACGUAGAGGAGGGCGACCAAUCGGAGAGGAGGGCGGCCAAUCGGAGAGGAGGAUGGCCAAUCGGAGAGGAGGAUGGCCAAUCGGAGAGGAGGUCAGCCAAUCGGAGAGGAGGACAGCCAAUCAGAGGCCCGCCGCUCAGACAACAAACUGAACUGUUUGUGAUGUCACUCCCUGUGUGCCUUUGAACCCUCCACUCUGUCUGACUCCAAGACUGCCCUGAAUUUUGUCUUUCAGAACAAACACUACUGCCCUGAGCGUUGACUGUCAGGAUCAGUCUGCAGCUGUCAAUCAUUGUCCUAUUAAAGAAUACCUGUGCUGUGAUUGGCUGGGGGAUGUUUAGUGUGUGUGUGGUCAGUUUGGCAGUUACCUGUUUAAUAUUUAGACCCGACAGCUGCCGGCCAAUCACAGUACUUUGUUGCAUUUAACCCGGUAACCAUGACAACUUUAUUACGACAUCAAUAAAAUAAAUAAAAACAAAUCAACAACGA